GGGCGGUUUUGAGGCAGCUUAUUUCCGGUGGGGAUCGCACACAGCGACAACACCAGUGAGGCAAGCGGACUUCACGCGACAGCAGAAAGCAGUUUGCACUUUUUACUUUUCGUGACCCAUACGUGACGCCGGUCGUUAGUUUCGGACAGGCUGCGAAAGAUCGUUUGACGACACAUUCUAGGCCCGUCUGUGCUUUAUGUUAGCAUUUAUAAACAGGCCCCACGUUAAGCGUUCACGCAUUAAGAAAGACAGACGCCCAGCCGGUCGGAUCCUCGCUUCGGGAUUGUCUUCCUUGGGCAAUAUUCUUUUACGUUGCUCAAUGAGGUUUUAAAGCGCCCGGCAAAGAAGCUCCGCCUCCAGGCGAUGUGGCUCCCGCAAUCUCCCAGCCAGAGCACGCGAUGCUGCCGUCCCCUCUUCUCCGCCCUUCUGAGCUGAUGGGACUGCCGCGUUUUCCGAUCCAGAAGCGCAGGGGGCUCUGGGCUUGGGGGGCUCUUCGAGUAGCCUAAGGAGAAGCCACACCCAACGGGGAGAGGUUGAGGAGCCCGAGCGGCGGCGCAAAGAGGAGGAGGAGGAGGAAACUGUACUGCCUGCUCAACAGAAGGGCACCCCGAUCGCCUGCCGGUCAGUGCUCGGGAGCCCCAGCGACGGAAACACUCGCCGGCGUUCUUGCUCCCCGCUUGGCGUAAGGCACGGCAGGCAGAAGGAAAGAAGUGCUGCGUCCUCGUGCGCCUUUGGCUCCAAGGCACGACGGACAGGUCUUAACGAUUCUUGCCCCUGAGUUCCCAGGAGGAUGAGCCAGCAGAAUGGGGAGCAGUCCAAUCUGGCUCAUUCCCUUUUUGACACCUUUACCCAUGCCAAGCAGUGCAAAGAGGUGCUGGGCAGUUUUGAGGUGCUGUGCAGACAUCUGGGACUGGAGCAUACGGGCCAGCUCCAGUUCUAUCACAAACUCAAGUCUUGCCUCAACUACUGGAGUGCCAAGGCAUUGUGGACCAAGCUGGACAAGAAGGCUGGGCAUAAAGACUAUGAUCAAGGAACGGCAUGCGCCAACACCAAGUGCCUGAUAAUUGGGGCAGGUCCCUGUGGCCUCCGCUCAGCAAUUGAACUGGCCCUCCUUGGAGCCCACGUGGUGGUGGUGGAGAAGAGGGACUCCUUUUCCCGAAACAAUGUGCUGCACCUUUGGCCUUUCACCAUUCAGGACCUGCGGGCUCUGGGAGCGAAGAAAUUCUAUGGUCACUUCUGCACAGGCUCCUUGGAUCACAUCAGUAUCCGUCAGCUGCAGCUGAUCCUGUUGAAAGUUGCCUUACUCUUGGGGGUUCAAAUUCACACCAAUGUGCAGUUUAAGAGUCUCAUUUCACCGGCAACAAAUUCAAAUGGACAGGCCAUUGGCUGGAGAGCUGUGCUGCAUCCCAGCUCCUCUCCCCUGAACCAGUAUGAAUUUGAUGUCCUCAUCUCUGCAGGCGGUGGCAGGUUUGUGCCAGAAGGCUUUAAGCGGAAGGAGACCCGUGGGAAAUUAGCCAUUGGCAUUACCACCAACUUCAUUAAUCACCACAGCAGAGCUGAGGUGGAGGUGGCCGAGAUCAGCGGAGUGGCUCGCAUCUACAACCAGAAAUUCUUCCAAAACCUCUGUAACAAAACAGGUAUUGAUUUGGAAAACAUUGUCUACUAUAAAGACGACACCCACUACUUUGUCAUGACAGCCAAGAAGCAGAGCCUGCUAAAAAAAGGAGUCAUCUUAAAUGACAACUUGGACAUAGAGAGCCUGCUGUCUCCAGAGAAUGUGAACCAGGAAGCUCUUCUUGCUUAUGCUAAGGAAGCUGCCAACUUCUCCACCAACUACCGGCUGCCUGAUUUGCAGUUUGCACUGAACCACCGCAGCCGCCCAGAUGUUGACAUGUUUGACUUCACCUGUAUGAGCCGCUCAGACAACGCAGCUCUGGUGCGUGAUUGCAAUGGCACCAAGCUGCUCAUCGGGUUGGUGGGGGACUGCCUGGUGGAGCCAUUCUGGCCCUUGGGCACUGGUGUGGGCAGAGGGUUCCUGGCAGCUUUUGAUGCUGCCUGGAUGGUAAAACGAUGGGCCUCAGGGAUGCCCCCUUUGGAUGUGCUGGCAGAGAGAGAGAGCACUUAUCAGCGGCUGUCGCAGACUUCACCUGACAACACCAACAAGAACAUCAGUCAGUACAGCAUUGACCCUACCACGCGAUACCCAAACAUCAACCUUCAAGCCAUCAAGGCCUCUCAGGUUCACAAUCUGUAUGUGAUGGGAGAAGUUGAAAUGGAUCAGAAGAAAAGGAGAAGUCGUGCCAGCCCGGAGAUAGUCUGCAAAGAUACCAACAGAGCCUAUGAGGAGCUCCUUAGCUGGUGUCAAGCUAGCACCGCAAGUUAUCGUGGCAUCAAAGUAGAGGACUUCACAUGCUCCUGGAAAAGUGGCCUGGCUCUGUGUGCUCUCAUACAUCACUUCCGACCAGAUCUUCUAGACUUCAACUCCCUGGACCAGAACAACCCCAUUGGGAACAACCAGUUGGCCUUAAACGUGGCUGAACAAGAGCUAGGGAUCCCUCCAGUUCUCUCCAGCACUGAAAUGGCUUCAAUGUCUGAGCCUCAGCGGCUUGGCUUGAUCACUUACCUGAGCCAGUUUUAUGAUGCCUUCAAGAUCUCUCCAGAACUUGAAGAGAAAACUGCAAAACCUCUGUCACCACUUGGUACCAAGGGAGCGAUCCUCUUCCUCAGCAAGCUUCAGAAAAGUCUGUCUCUCUCACGAAAGCGGACCCUGGAGAGCUCCACAUGGGAUGACCAAACCAAGAGGACCAAGCAAGAGGUUGGGAGCCUGCCCAGCUCUCCUGAGAGGAGCAGUGACGCCUGUUAUUUCUGUGGAGAUCGUGUGUACAUCCUGGAGCGAGUCAGUGCUGAGGGACACUUCUUCCAUCGCGGCUGUUUUAAGUGUCACCACUGUCAGACGACACUGCGGCUGGGGGACUUUGCCUUCAAUGAAGAUGAUGGUAAUUUCUAUUGCAUGCUGCACUGUUCUGCCUCCACAGACAUGAGUACACUGAGCAGCAAAAUCUCUGGCCAAGCAGCGCGUAAGGAUUCCUCCCAACUCCGCGUUCCUUCAGACAAGGGCAUUCCAGACUUGGCUGCUGAGGACAAUAACAUGGAAACAAAUUCAUAUCUACAAAGCCUGGAUAAGAACCUGUCUUCCUUCACAGAUCAACUGUCAACAGGCCAACCAGCAGAACGUUAUAAAUUAGCUGCUGAAAGCUGCAGCUUACUUCCAUGCAGAGAAAGUGGAGGCUCUGACACUAUGAACUCAUCCCAGGGUCCACAUCAUCAGCCUUCUGUUGUAGAGGAUGAGAAGUUGGGGAACUUUGUUUCUGAGGCUGGUUUAGCUUCACAUGUUGUAGACAAAGACAUAGAUGGAGGCAAGGCCCAUCCUAUAAAAACAAGACUUGAACUAAAAAAUUGGACGGACAGCUGGUCCCAGGAAAAGAGACAUGGGGACCUGGUUACAAGAAUGCAAGGAGCUGGUAUAGAUCCUACUGUUUCUGGAAAGGUGCCAACUGCUCCAAACCCCAGAUUAGAGCAGAGGGAGUAUGAAAACACGCAGAGGAGAAAGAUUUGCUUGUCAACCCUGGAAAAGCUUGAAUUAUCCAAACUGAGUCCAAUUUCAGCCUCAUUUCAUUUUCCAGAUAUGACAGUGGAAGAAUCCAGCUUCAGCAAAGACUCAGAAGGUUCUCUGGAGACUGACAGUGACAGUGAAGAAGAGCAAGAGGAAGAAGCAGAGGGUCAAGAUCUUGGAGCAUAUCUUCAUUCCUUGAACUUCACUGAAGAACCUCAAUAUCCAACAUGGAAAAAGACACUGAUGCGACGAGCCAAAGAAGCACAAAUGAAAAGGUUUUGCAAAGCUCAGUCAAUACAGAGGCGGCUAGAAGAGAUUGAAGUGACUUUCCGAGAGCUUGAAGAACAGGGAAUAAAGCUGGAGCGAUCUCUGCGGGAAGAGGGAGGAACAGAGUCUGAACUAAAGAAAGAAUGGAUGAACCAGCUGCUGUCCCUGGUCCAAAAGAAGAAUAGCCUGAUGUGUGAGGAGUCUGACCUCAUGAUUGCGGUGCAAGAGCUGAAAUUAGAGGAACAGCAGUGCCAACUGGACCAAGAACUGCGGCAAUACGAUAAUAUGGAUGAGUUUUCAAGAACCCUAGAGGACCAGCUGAAAGAGCAGGAGAUCCUGUCCCAGCUGCUGGAGGUUGUGAACCAGCGCAGUGCCCUAAUUGAGAUGCAGGAGAAGAAGCGUCUCAGUGAGCUCUAUGAGUAUGUGCCACCACCUGGAGACCUCUGGAAGAUCUGAGAGUUAAUUAGAUCAAAGCUUCGUGAUGCUAGAAGCCUUUGUCAACAUGCAGAAGAUCCAUUUUAGUACUGAUCUGCAUUGGAAAGUGAGCUGCUCUUCAACAAAGAUCUGCCUUAAAGACAUCCCAGCAAUACAUUUCCUGCCAAAGAACCAUAGUGAUGCUGCUCAAACUGAUAUUAAAGUCAAAGUUUGGUUGCAACUUUGUGCUAUAAGCAGCAUCAGGCAUUUCCGCCAGUUCAUCCAUUACAGUCAAUUACCAGCCCAGGUAAUCUUGGGAAUGCCCUGCUUUGAGAUGGGGUUCCUUCCUCAGGCCCCUUGUUUCCCUUGCCCCUGCCGAUUAGUGCUUAGUAGCUGCUACUAGGCAUAAGGAGAAAAGCCUGGUCUUGAUGCUGCUCCACAUACGAGUGUUUUAAGAAGUAAUAAGGUAGGAAAUAUGGCAACUUUUUUUUUUUGCCAAUAAGUGAUUUUAUUACAAUGUGUCAUAAGACUAGCCAGUGUAAUGAAGCAUAAGAAACACAUUGCACUGAACUGUAACUGUGGCUGCCUGCGUAUUCCACUGUGGUAAAGGGCCUCCCUCACCAGGAUUGCUCCUCUUCCGGGCCACUGUAGGAGGUUGCAGUGUUUGCUGCUCAUGCUUCUGAACAGGUCAAGUAAUCCUACACCUGUGGAGAAGGCAGUAGGGGCUGUAUUGUGCAAGUGGGCCAUCCCUCUUACAGCUUUAUUUUUGCCUUCAUCUAAGCCCCUGGCUAGUGACAACACAGCAAUGUUCCUUCUACCGAUGGCAGGGUUGGGGUAUCUUUGCGAUGGAAGUUCUGCAACUUGCACUUCCCACCCCCAAACUAGCUAGAGAUAUAGUCCAGGAGCGGGUGGGAAGAGGGAAGAGUACAACAUAUACAAAAUUUAAUAUGUAAACCAGAUGAUUUUGGACUACAAUCCCUGAUCAUUGGUCGUGCCGGCGGGGGGGGGGGGGCGGGUGAUGGAAGUUGGCAGUCCAACAGCAACAGUAGGAGGACCUCUCUAAUGUAUAUUUAGUUUUUGAAAUGGUAAUUACUAGGGAAGGGGUAGACUCACCAGCUGAAUGAACAAGGGUGUGUACAAGCUAUCAAGAAUAAUAAUAACAAAAACCCAGCACAGCCAUUGGACAAGAAUGUAUGAUCCCAUCACAAUCAGUAGCCAGGUAGGUGUCUUUGCCACUCACACUGUACGUACAGCUGUAAUAGAUGCUAUAAUUCCCAGCUAUAAAAACCACAUCAGGGAGGUCUGAAUGUGAUAUCCCUGCAACAGAAGCAUGGUCUCCAGAGAAGAAUUAUGUGCAUUUACAUCACCAUAAAUUGGUGUUAGUCUACAACAAGAAUCUGACCUGUGGGUGAAAAGAGAUGGCUUUUUGUUAUAAUCAGAAGACUGCCAUGACUGAGCUGCUGCAAGCCACAGUUUUGUUCAGGCUGUGCCUGUUUCAAUAAAGAUGCACGGGAUGAUCUGGAAGUGCUAUUCUGCCUUUUCCAAUCCAAGGUUUCACAACACAAGAAAAAAAUCCCACAAGUAUUUUGAUGCUCUUUGGGUCUCUCCCGAGCUUUUGAGAAGCUGACUAGUGCCUGCCUCUCUUUAACUAAAUGAGAAUGGCAUUGGAGGCACAAGAUGGAGUGGUUCUACUAAAGACAUGCAGGUUUGACUUUGUAAGGUGCCUAGAGGGAAGAUAGCUGGGCAUAAGCUGCUCUGAAGACCUUUGAGGAAGAUUGGGAAUACCUUCUACGCUGAAACAUACACCUACAUGCAUCAAAAGAUGCUGUUCUAGGCAGGAAGGCAAGAGUAGGGAAUCUCCAGUCUGCAGUCAAAUCUUGGCCCAUCAGGGGUCCAGGUUGGCCCGUGAGGCCAUAUUCUCCAAACCGCAUCCACUGAUCAGCUAACAUCAUUCACAACAUCAUCUGAUUGGGAGGCAGGGUUAAACCCUAUGUUGGCUGUGUAUGCCUGUUCCCUGCAGGAAAGAGGUGCACACAGCCAAACUGAGUAGGAUUUAACCCUCACUCAUCAGAUUCCCUGCUAAAAGAAAGGAAAAAAACCUUCCACCGUCACUGAAAUGCGAACAGCGAUCACAAACACUUCAGGGAGAAGUAUGAAGCUGAUUAAAAGUGUGUAUUAAAAUGCUAAAUAAAUGAUCAAGAAAAAGGUUUCAAGAAUAGGAUUCCAUCCACAAAUGAUACUGUCUGCUUAUAUAUAUAAAGGAUUUAUUCUGGCUUUACUGAAUUCAAAAAAUAGCUGUAUAUAAACUAGAAACACUGUACAUUUUAACUUGUCUACCUUAUAUCAGCUUUUACAGUACUAAUUUAGCCACCUGUAUCAGUCAGAACAGUGUAGCUUGAUUUGAUAAAUGCUGGUUUCUGAACAACCAUAGCUGAACUACAUACAACUGAACUGUUUUAGUUCCAAAUUGUAGUUUCAACAUUCCCUUCGGUACAAAUUGUACUUAUACCUGCAUUUCUUCAGCAGAAGAUAAGAACUAUUCAUAGAAAGUUUUAAUGCCCUAAGAUAAAGCUAAAAAACUUUUACAGUAUCAAAUGCUAAUUAUUGCCAUACGUUUAAGAACUACUAACCAUCAGAACCUGGCAGCACAGUGGAACUUGCUGCUCCAAAAAGCUUUACAAACAGUCUCUUGGUCCCCGUCAUGGUUCCAGCAACAAAAGGUUUCACCCAGAGCGUAGCUUGUCCUGGAGUGUCUGCAACCCCACCCGCAUUUGCUCCUCUGUCCCCUGCAGCAUCUUCACCUCAAUGGUGUGAAAGAGGUAGAGCACAGCUGAGAUGAGCAAGACCAACACGGCCAGCAGGCCAAGCAGAGAGAAGGAGAACUUAGGGAAGGGCUGCUGUAGAGCUUCGCCGAAGAUGGAACUCAGGCCCAUGGCUCCUUGCAUGAGCAGCAGAAGCAGAGCCAGGACGGCCAUGCGGCCACAGGAGUGCUGCUGCCGCUCUGCUGAAUGCAACCCCACUCGCACCUCCAUACGGGCUUCAUUCAGGAUGUCCACCAGCACUGGUUCUAAAAAACAAACAAAAAUUAAGCUCAACCACAAUGUGCACUGAGGGCAGCCAAUAAACUCAUACACAUUUGGGUCCAGCCCACUUGGGGGCCUGGGAAGACAGGCCAUGACUGCUACUUCACGGAGGUAUUGGCUUCCUUGACAAUGGCGACACGUACCUACAGAGAAGCCAUGGCCCUACCCCAAUAGUCAUGCUCCUCUCUCCAAGGAAGCUAGCAGAGUGGAAAAUGGGGCUUGAAAGAGCACCACUGUGGAUGGACAAAAAAAGCAGGCACAGACAGACCUUGUCACCCCUCCCCAUCUCCCAAAGACAUGCAAGCCUUGAGUGUAGGUAGCCAUACUCACUCCCCUUGUAGCAAAUCAGUGAAACUUGGGUACUCACCAGCUGUAGGAUAGUUUAGACCUUUGUCUAAUUUUCUUUUAUCCACAGACAGUGUAGCUAUGACAGCUUCAUGGUCAGAAUAAGGAAUGUCCUUGUUGGGAGCUGUUCCAGUGGUAGUCGCAUGACUGCUGCAUUUUACUUCAUACUGAGCCAAACCCUACAAGAAGGGAAGUCAGGCAGGAUGGCAAGUUGCUCAUUAUGCAUGUGUGUUUUACGUAAGUAAGGCUCCCAGAAAUUCUGGGUUGUGAACUACAGGUGAAGGGGGUGAGUGAGUAGGGCUACCUUCUUAUUAGACUCAUCUUUGAAUAGCAGAAGUCAUUUAGAAGGGUCCUCAAGGUUCCACUAAAUGAAUCCUAUGUAUUAUACCUAAAUCUGAUUUAUGUGUUUAUCUGACCACAUAACUAUCUUGAAGGAAAGUGAUUGUGCAACAUCUUCAGGCAACUUGCUCCUAUGGCUAGUUUUUUUAUCAAUUAAUCUCAACUCUAAACUCUUGCAAUUCAAAAUCCAUUGCCCUACAUCUGUAGUGUUAGACAAGAGAUACAUUCUUGCUAUCAUCUUUGUGGUAAGAUUCUGAUACAAACUGAAGAUUAUUUUCAUGCUCGUCUUUA